AUGGGGCUCUGUGCCAGACCCCUCAUGGCCUUCCCAGCAUCCUCAGUUGCCAAUCAUCUGGGAGGCUUUGAGAUGUGUGCAAUGGAAGAGGGGGACCCCACCCCACUCAGACUGUCAAAUGACCACGAUCCGGGAGGAGGCACCUUCGGCAGAGGAGGACCCUUGCUUUGCACUCUGGGCACCUUCCUCUUCCUCCUCGUCCCUCUUCCUGCGUCCCAUCCCUCAGAUAUGCAGAUAUUGAACUGGUCCUGCGCACAGCUGGAGCGACACCUGAAAAAAGGGGUCAGGGUCGGGGAGACCCCGUCUGUGCAUGACCAGGGGUCAGCAGUGGAAGCACUUCCAAACUGGGACCAGCACGCCAGACCCACAGCCUUCCCAACUAUAAAAGGCCUCUUGGUGGGGCUACUGGGAGGAAACCAAGUGGCUCUGGGGGUCAAAGAACUGGACACAGGAUUAUUCCAGCUCCAUCUCUCGGCCGUGAAGCUGGCGGAGCUGCACAGUGACCUGAAAAUCCAGGAGAAGGAUGAGCUUCAGUGGAAGAAGCUGAAGGCCGAAGGGCUGGACGAAGACGGAGAGAAGGAGGCCAAGCUGAGGCGCAACCUGGAUGUGAUUUUGGCCAAAUACGGGAUGAACGGGAAGAAGGAUGCUCCGCCGGGGGCCACAAACUACAUCAAAGAUGGCUUGGAAGAGGAGGACCUUCUGGAUGACCCCCGGCUGGUGAAGCUCUGGAACAAGGCCAAGUCCUCUGGCAAGUUCUCUGAGGAAGAGCUGGAGAAGCUCUGGCGGGAGUUCAGGCAUCACAAGGAGAAGGUCCAUGAGUACAACAUCCUGAUGGAGGCCAUCAGUCGCACGGAAGACCUCCAUAAAAACAUGAUCACCGCCUUGGAGGACGAAGCGGAGGACGUGGCAGAAACGAGUCCCUUCAAGGAGGAGCGGCUGCAUAGGAAGCACUCGGAGCUCAAGGAGAAGCUGCACAGCAUCAACCAGGGCUUUGAGCGACUGCGCCGCGUCACGCACCAGGGAUUUGACGCCGACAGCGAAUUUCAAGAGCCGCGGGUGAUUGACUUGUGGGAUAUGGCCAAGUCCACCAAUUUCACGCAGAAAGAGCUUGAGUCGCUUCGGGAGGAGCUGAAGCACUUUGAGGCCAAGGUGGAGAAGCACCUCCAUUUCCAGAAGCAGCUGGAGAUCUCCCACCAGAAGCUGAAACACGUGGAAGGGACCGGCGAGCGGGAGCACCUCACCAAACACCGGGAGAAGCACAGCGCUCUGGAGGAGAAGACCAAGGACCUGGGCUACAAGGUCAAGAAGCAUCUGCAGGACAUCUCCAGCAGGAUUUCCAGAGGCCUUCAGCACAACGAACUUUGAAGACCGCCUUGUUUGGUAUUUGGGGCUUUUUGUGCACUGGUUGAAAUCCAGUAUCUUCCUGAGAUUUAUAUUGUUCCUUGGGACUCUGGUGCAAGUCGCCUUUGGAAAGAGGAUGCCUUUUCCUGCUGUGCGCUUGGCCAUUCCCCUCCGUGCCUGUGGCCACUUUUCCGUGUCACUGGGACCGCUGAGCGCAUGGCGCAUCUCUCUGUCUGCCUACAGGAGAAGCCGUUGGAACGGGGCCACAAGGGGACCAGAUCUGUGAGUGCUGAUGGCAGGCAGGCGGAGGUAGCACUUCCUAAAGCGUUUCUUUCACAGUGUUAACCUCCUUCCCAUUGGAAUAAAGAAUAAAGGUGGGGCCAGACUGUGACGCA